AUGGUCCGUUCCCCAUGUCGCAAUGUUUCAGACUCUCCGUCAACGUGUCUCUCCGUCCCUGAGAAUCGAUACCGGAGCACUCAGGACACCUCACCCCGCCUCGAAUCCUCUCCUCCACCCCCCUCUUGCCACUUCCGGCAGCACGGGCUGCCUUACCUACUGGACUCCCUCAGGAGCAGGUCUACUACUAGGAAAGUUAGAAUGAGCGGAGGUCUGUCAUCACGCAUGACGCACCAGUUCGAAGAUCGCAUCCUCUUUUCGUUGUCGGAUGUUUUCCGGACAAUCGCAGGCCAUCCUCUGCCUCUUGGCUUCCUUCUGAAUCGAAACCCCAUCUAUUCCACGAAAGCGACUGUGCUGAGUGGUCCCGAAAGGUUCCUGACUGAUGGUUCCUAUCCGGGAAAAGCUGCCAGCUUUCAACGCGUCCCUACUCCCUAG